AUGGAGCAUGUCACUGACGAUCGCGUGCUCAAAGUCUUGCGCAAGUUCAAAGUGUCUAGUAUUACUCUGGUGGAAUGGGAGACUCCUCUACUACAACGCUUGGGCUAUCCGCUUGCACCCCAAUCAGAUUUACUGUUCUUGAUUCCCGACGAGCAAAUUGAGGAUGCUAGACACAUAGUUGAAGCCGCUGGCUUGCAAAACGAUAACAGAGCACCAAGUUAUAUGGCUGAACACGCACGGAAGGGUUAUCACUACGUCUAUGGAGAGUCAGGUCACAAAUUCAUCCUGGUGCCCAUUUCCUGGACUGGGAUUCAACAAAAGGAGUUGAUAGCUAUAAAUUCGCCUACGCUGCCAUGCCCUAUAUGGACGGUGCCUAUCCCUGCUUUUUGCGCUGCCUACUUGCGAAUCAUUAUGCAAGAGCAUGCUGGGACUACCGUUCGUUUGAUGGCAAAUGCAGAUCUGGCAAGCGUCAUCGGCUACAGCAUGUUUGAUAUGACUUAUGAGGGGGACUAUAUGCCUACGCCAGAGGACUUGGAGCAUCUAGAUGCUGCCGAAAAAGAAAGAAUGGCCGAAAAAGAUGCUUUGGAGAUGGAAAAUGCUCUUAGUAGCAUAAAGCAAUGGCAGUUCACAGAAGAGACGGAGUGGGCAAGAGACAUGAUGCUGGAGUUAGUAUCCGGGAAGCUAUCAUAUGACGAUUUGCCAGCAAGUAGACCAGAAUUCUGUAUGAAGCCAGAAGCUUAG